GCUGCUGAUUAUUUUGUAUGGAUUGGUGAGGAAAAAACGAGCUGCAUUUGUGGGGGAAAUCUAAUAGCUCUGGUAACAUUCAAAUUAACAAAGAAGGCAGAUCAGCACGACAAGCCAAGCCAGAAUCAACAGAACAUGAAUGGAAAUAUUCCAUUUUCACAGCCACCUGCAGCAUAUAAUGAGCCACGUACUCCAAGCAUGCAGCUAGCCACAACCUUCUCGAAUGAGAGCAAACAACUAACAGAGCCAGCAGAAUCUCUUGGCAGCACAUCGAGCAUCCAGAAUGAUGCUGAGCCACCCAGAGCAACGUGCAGAAGCUUAGAUCAGGAUGACUGUGUGGGCAAUGUAAGCAGAUGCCAGGGGGCAGUUACAGACACAUGGAAGGAGCAGCAGGGAAGGGAUCUGCAGCAGGGAAGGGAUCUGCAGCAGGGAAGGGGACAGCAAGAACAGUCAGGAAGUGCCAGGGACAGCAGCAGCAGCCUGGGGCUGACAAAUGGGUUACACACAGAAUCUGAGCCUGGCAAACAGAGAGAUUUUGAUGGCGAGAAGGGAGCAGUGACACGGACUCAAACUACUCUGAGGACUGGAAGUGCUGCUUUGGAAGAGAGGCUCAUGACAAACAAGUUGCUAUUCAGUGAGACGCUCAGCAGUGCAGGUUUGCAGUCACACCAAGAUGUUGCAGAGCUGCUUGAUCCUGAGGAUGGAGAAGAACAGAUAAGCUUUACUGUUGCAGAACUCAAGCUAAGUUGCAGUGAUGAUGACAGGGAAGAUUUUGCAUUUAAAGACAUCAGGGACGGAUUCAGUUCUACCUUUGAAAAAAUUGUGGAAUCUGACCUUAUGAAGGGCACAUACUACAGCAGUCUGGACUCCUUGGAUGUGCUCUCACUGACAGAUGAGACAGACAGCUGUGUUAGCUUUGAAGCUCCACUCACCCCUCUUAUUCAGCAAAGAACUAAGGAAAGUUCUGAACUUUUAGAACAGAAACUCAUCACUCAUGAGAAGGAUGCCCUGGAGCCCACAAUAACAGAUAAACAGGAAGACGCAAUGGCCAAAGCAAUAGAUGGUGAUUUUGGGAGCCCCCUGAAGCAUUCUAUCACUAGCAGCCGGUCCGAAAAUGUGCUGAGCAGGGUAUCUCUGAAAAACAUCCCAAAUGGGUAUCACUUGGAGAGACCAGAAGAAGAUGCCACAAAGUUUAUUAAUUCAAUCAGCGAUGCCAGUAUAAAAGAUGUUCUUUCUGACUCAGACUCCAAUAUGGGCAGCACAGAACAACUUGACCAGGGAAGCACAGACACUCUCUUCAAUGGCUGCAGGGCGGACAAUGAGGCUGCCAAGAGAUUGGCCAAACGGCUCUAUAACCUUGAAGGAUUCAAGCACUGUGACGUGGCACGGCAGCUUGGGAAGAAUAAUGAAUUUAGCAAACUUGUAGCAGAAGAAUAUCUCCGUUUCUUUGACUUCACUGGGCUGACCUUGGAUAAAGCACUCAGAACAUUCCUAAAAGCUUUCCCUCUGAUGGGAGAGACACAAGAACGGGAACGCGUCCUCAUCCAUUUCUCACACAGAUAUUGUCAAUGCAAUGCAGAAGAUAGCACAUCUGAAGAUGGAAUCCAUACACUCACGUGUGCCCUGAUGCUGCUCAACACAGACCUGCAUGGCCAUAAUAUUGGGAAAAAGAUGUCUUGCCAACAGUUUACAGCAAAUCUGGAUGGACUGAAUGAUAGGAAGGAUUUUCCAAAAGAUCUGUUGAAGGCCCUGUAUAACUCAAUAAAAAAUGAAAAGCUGGAAUGGGCCAUCGAUGAAGAUGAACUCAGAAAGUCGUUGUCAGAACUGGUGGAUGAUAAAUUUGGUGCCAGCUCAAAGAAAAUGCCAAGGAUAGUUGAUGGCAGCAACCCUUUCCUGGAUGUUCCCCAGGCCCAGAAUGCUAUAACUUACAAGCAUGGCAUCCUCACGCGGAAAACCCAUGCUGACAUGGAUGGGAAGAGAACUCCCAGAGGAAGAAGAGGAUGGAAAAAAUUUUAUGCUGUUCUUAAAGGAACCAUCCUGUAUUUGCAAAAGGAUGAAUACAAACCUGACAAAGAUCUUUCUGAAGUAGAUCUAAAGAAUGCCAUCCGCAUUCACCAUGCCUUAGCCACGAAAGCCUCAGAUUAUAGCAAGAAAUCCAAUGUGUUGAAGCUGAAGACAGCAGACUGGAGAGUCUUCCUCUUCCAAGCCCCAAGCAAAGGAGAAAUGCUGUCCUGGAUCCUGAGAAUAAAUUUGGUGGCUGCCAUUUUUUCUGCCCCUGCAUUUCCAGCUGCUAUCUGCUCCAUGAAAAAAUUCUGCCGUCCUCUCUUGCCAUCUUCAACAACUAAGCUCUGUCAGGAUGAACAGCUGCAGUCUCAUGAAAAUAAAAUGAGGCAAAUUGCAGAUGAGUUAACAGAGCAUAAACUACAUCCAAUAGUGAAAGGCCUCAAGUCAAAAGAGGCUGAAGAAUAUCGUCUGAAAGAGCAUUACUUAAUAUUUGAGAAAAGCCGCUAUGAGACAUAUAUCAACCUUCUGUGCGCCAAGAUAAAGGCCAGGACGGAUGAUCUGGAAAAAAUAGAAGCCAGCCUCUUCACAAUGGAAGCUGAAGACAUUUCCUUGAGGAAGACAUAUUCCAGUCCUUCCAUAAGCCAAGGACAGUUGCCUGCUGUAAACAGCAAAGCAGAAAAGGAUACUAUAGAGCAGAACACUUCAGGUAACUAAUAAUUACAGGUAACCAGAAAGCAGUUGCUGGUCCUCCUCAACUGCAACUUAUGAGCACAAUUAUUUCUCAGAUGUACAUUAAAUACAUGACACAAAUACUACAGCAGAAAGAAUUCAAA